AUAGCGGUUAAAUGGAUAAACCGUUAUUUAAAUUGGCGGUUUAGUUCUUAUUGAACCGUCAUCUGAGAUUACGGUUUAUUUUACACAAUAGAAAAAGAACACAACUGCAAUGACUCACCAAAGUUAAACAGAAAAAUAAAUAAAAUAAAUAAAGGAAAAAAAGGCACGACAAUUCCAUUUCCCGCAUCUCUCUUGAAUACUCUGGCAGCAGCAAAACUCCAAUUUUUUCUUUAAUUUUGAUACUAUUUUUGUUCAAUUCUUGUGGAAUUGUAAAUUACCACUUUUUAUUUUCAACUUUUGUGUUGAAUUAUUUGUGAACGAAUUUUUUUUCUACCCUUCUACCCGCUAAUUCUCUGAUCUCUCGAUCACCUUAUGUCGCUCACCGGCCGUCACCGUCGCCGUUGGAGGAGUUAUCGACCGUCACCGCUGGAAGAGUCAUCGACCGUCAUCGCCAGAAGAGUCAUUGACUGUCACCGCUGUCAAAUCCCUUUUGCGAAUUUGCCACCAAACCACCAGCAACGGUGACCGCAACAAGGUAAAUUGCCCUAUAUUUUUUUUAUUUGAUUAUGUUAUGUAUGAGAUUGCUAAUUGAUCAUAAUCGAUCAAGAUUAUCAAUUGUAAUUUUUUGAAUUGUAGAUGCUAGAAAUUAGCUUGGUAAUCCUAAGUAUGUGGAACUGUGGCAGUGUAUGUGGUGUAAUGUUUAAAAGUAAAUCGCUAUUUGAGUUGGCGGUUACUCCACAAAACCGCUAACUCAGAUGUCUGUUUACUUCAAUACGAAAUCAUCAUUUUUGAAUUAGCGGUUCGUUGUAAAAAAAGGUAUGUUUUAUUAACUUUUGCUUACAUGGACAAUAAAAUGGGACUUGACAUAAAUUUGAACGUAUUUUAGAAAUUUUAGAAUCAUCUAGCAUUAUUAUCGGAAAUCACUCCUAAAAAAUAAGUAUUUUAUUUAUAAACAUUCAAAUCCCAAUAUUUAUAAAGCUUUGAACUUCUAUUACUAUUCACUCAGUAGUGCAAUUACCUACAUACCCCUAAUUUCCUUCUUUGUUUUUCUUUUGCUUAUUCUUAUCAAUAGUGUAAUGUCUAUUUUCACCCUUCUUUUUGUGUUUGCUUUUCUAUGAGAUACCCCGCCCCUUCAAUUUUCAACCUAAUCACGUCGCUAAUGUUUCAUGUGGAAUACUACAAUAACAAUUUCGGAAGGCUUAAGUUGCAUGUGGAAUGUUAAAAUAUCAAUGAAACCACUUGUAAAUGUAUUUAUAAUCCUAACACUUAUAAAGCAUUGAACUUAUAUUACUAUUCACCCAAUAGUGCAAUUACCUACAUACCCCUAAUUUCCUUGUUUGUUUAUUUUUUUUCUUAUUCUUAUCAAUAGUGUAAUGUCUAUUUAAUUUUCACCCUUCUUUUUGUCUUUGCUUUUAUAUAAGAUGCCCCCACUUCCAUUUUCAACCUAAUCACGUUGCUAAUGUUUCAUGUGGAAUACUACAAUAACAAUUUCUGAGAGCUUAAUGUUGCAUGUGGAGUGUUAAAAUUGUUAGAUAUAAUUUAUGGGAUGAAGAAUUAUGGCCGUGAUAAUCACUGUCCUUAAAGUAAUAUUAGCCCCCACUAUUUCUUGCUAUGGGUUACCGGCUAAGAUACUUCCAUGAUUUCCCUAAACUGAGAUUAAUUGUAGCAAAGCAAUAAUUUCCAUAUGAACGUAGAAGCAGUUUUUGAGAUAGAGAGGAAGAGAAGAAGAUAGAGAUUAAUGAGAACAGUUAGUAAUAUAAAUAGCCAGAGAAACUGACUUGAAAUAACGUAACUGUUCAAAAUAAAGAGAUAAGAUUAAGAGGAAGUUAAUUAACCGCUAAUUACGUGAUUAACCAAAAAACGUAAUUAAAUAUUAACUAAGUGCUAAUCUUGGCUAUUAAUAUAUAGUAAUAUUAAUAGCCUAUCACAAGCACUCCCAAGCCCAGAGCACACAUUAGCCCUACUAGUAGGCCCACUUCUAUUCAAACAUAAAAGGUGGUCUACUAAUAUAAACAACUCUUUACAUCUCCAUUCUAUCAAUGUGGGACAAUUCCCAACAACAAAAACUCACCAUUCUUAAAGACUACUCUAACAAAAAUAUCAAUGAAACCACUUGUAAAUGUAUUUAUAAUAACAUAUUAUCAAUUACGAGCCAAUCGAGCUUCAACUUUUUUUUCCUAGAGUUCGCCAUAAAUUUGUAAAUGUCCUUCUAUGAAACAAGUUUUUUAUAAAUUGAAAGGAAGAGUUCGCCAUAAGAGUUUAAUAACAAGUACGAAACAAACGGAAUGCGAUUUGAUCCUCUUUUCUGAAGAUGUGAAUCAGUUCCAUGUGUUAUUUCAUUUUCAAAAUGUCAAGCCAGAAGUGCUAAUAACGGGUCUUCAUGGCCCAAGUGUUCCGGGUCCGAGGCACGCUUUAUGGAGAAAUAUGGCUGACACCCUCCCUCUGCCGGAAACUCCUUGGUUGGUGGUAGGGGAUUCGAAUGAGGUUACGUCGCAGUCUGAAAAAAUGGGGGGCCGCCCUUUUCGAAGUGGGCAAUGUACGGAUUUGCAAAAUUUCAUGGAUGUGGCAGGAUUGGUUGAUUUGGGGUAUCAUGGUAACCCGUACACUUGGACCAAUGCUCGAGAUGGAGCGGGAUUGAUCAAGGAAAGGCUUGAUAGGGCCCUUGCAAACUCGCCAUGGAUUGAUACGUUUCCGCAUACUAAGGGGAAAGGAAAGGAACAGGUGCGUAAGGACGAGUUAAUCUGGUUACCACCAGCAUAUGAGUUUUUGAAACUCAACACGGAUGGUAGCUGGAAAGCAAGGAAUGAAGCAGGAGGUGGUGGAGUUUUUCGCGGUGCCACAGGUAAAUGGUAUAUGGGUUUUGCAAGUAAAUUCAAUGCCAUCACACCAUUGGCUGCGGAAUUAUAUGCGGUUAGAGAAGGGUUGAUAAUGGCAGCAGAUUAUGGCAUUCAAAACUUGGAGCUGGAAACUGAUGCGCAGGUUUUAGUUACUAUGCUUGAGGCUGUGAAUGACGCAUAUCAUGAUGAAUUACGACCAGUGUUGGUGGAUGUAGCUCAGUUUAUGGCCAGAUUUCAUGCGAUUGUAGUCAAGCACAUUCCAAAGGUGAAGAACAAGGUGGCUCAUGAGUUAGCUUCUUAUGCGAUUGAUAUGGCGGUAGGGCAUAAGAUGUUUUUGAGCCCUCCUCCAUUCGCAGCCAUUGCCUAUGAGGGGGAUUUGCAGAAGUUGGAGGAUGCAGAAAAGGGAAGGUUGUUGCGUGCCACAAGCAGCAGCAUGCCUAUUGAUUUGGAAGCCCCUCCUAUUGAGGAUGGUGAAUGCGAGGUGGUUUCUACUUCGAUUCUUUUUGGUACCAUUCCAACAACGGUAACAACAACUAUUCCAGUGCGUGGUAGCAGCAGGGGAGUGGGAAGUAGCGUGCAGUCCAUGGAUGAAGGAAGUGCGAGAUCUGGCACAGGGUAAAUUCAGUAGGAAUGUGUGGUGUUCCCUCAGCUUGGAUGUCUAAUAUGAUGAGUGGUUUGCCAGUUGAGGUUUUUUGGUUGUUUUUGUUGUACAGUUUAUGGGAGCUUUUGGUGGGUUUGUUCUUACUGUGAUUUUAUCGGGUCGCAAGUUUUUGGGUCAAUCCCGAUAUCGAUGUAAAACCUACCUUUUUAGUUUAAUAAUAAUAAUCUUCGUUGUUGCGUAACAAGUACGAAACAAACAAAACUUAUAUGCUACAGUGAAAGGAAGAGUUGUUCCUUCCAUAAAAUAAAUAAAAGAGGAGUUAGUCAGCGU